GAGCCCGACUCGGCGUACAUAAUCCGAUAAAGAUUGUCCUUGCGCUCAGUCUCUACCUCCAAUAUUAUUAGAUCACUAAUUGAUUAGCAGCACUUAUGGAACUGUCUGAUGACAAGCUCAUCUAGGGCCAAAGAAAUAAUUAAGCAAAACCCCUCUUUUAAGUCUUAAGCGUCUAAUUAACACUCCAGUACUCUCUGACCCUCUAUCCAUUAAUCUCAUUUCCACACAAACUUGAUCAAAAGCUACAGGCAUGGAGAAAAGUAGUGACAGUAGUUACUUUCAUGAAGCCAGCUACGUAGAGGAAACAGGUCAACUAAGAACCACAAGAGUGCCUGUAGUUCAAGAACUAGCUCGCCAGGGGCUCAACCACCUACCGCAGAGGUUCGUGGUGGUGCAACCUGAACGCCACCAUGAAAAGCCAGCACCUCUAUCCAGCCACCGUGUCUCGGAACCCCUAUUAUCCAUAAACAUGGCCAAAUUACGAGGCAACGAUCGAGACGAAGAGUUGGCCAAGCUACUGAGGGGAGCUAAGACAUGGGGUAUGGUUGUACUUGAAGGCCACGGAGUAGCUGAGUCUGUUUUGAAUGGUGUGAGGGAUGUAGUAAAGGAGUUCUUUGGGUUGUCGUUUGAGGAGAAGAAGGCAAGUGUUGGCUCGUAUGUGAGCGUCGAUAAUAUGGGAUAUGGCCGGAACUUUGUCAAGUCGGAAGAGCAGCCGUUGGAUUGGAUUGAUCGCGUGACCAUGAAAGCAGCUCCGGCGGGAGCAACCGAAGGGCUUCAUGUUUGGCCUCAAAGGCCUUCUAAUUUCAGACAUGUUAUAGAGCAAUACGUUGCAGAAGCAAGACACAUCUUCAAUGACAUACUCGAAGCCCUUGCCGAAGCCAUAUCACUAGAAAGACAUGUAUUCCUCCGAAACUUUGACCCCCAUGAGAGUGAGAUCAAUGUGAGAGUGAAUUACUACCCACCAUGCCCAAGGCCAGACCAAGCCCUCGGCCUAACUCCACAUACUGAUGCCAGUGCCCUCACUCUCCUUCUUCAGUUUGAAGCCGGCCGAGGGCUCCAAGUGCUGCGGGACACGAAAUGGGUGACUGUGCCUUGGCCAAAAGAGGCAAUGCUAGUGAAUGUGGGAGACUUACUAGAGAUUAUGAGCAAUGGGAUGUGUAAAAGUCCAUGGCAUAGGGUUGUUACCCAAAUGGAUGUGGAGAGGUUUUCGGUGGCUUUGUUCUAUAAUCCUAGUCCUCAAACUGAGAUUGAGCCGAUUGGGAUACGUGCAUUGGCAAAUGAGGAUGAUGUUGAGGCGUAUAAGAAGGUGGUUGUGGGUGAAUAUCUGCAACAUUUUUAUAGCAUUAGUCCUACUGUGAAGAAACAAGCUAUCAGCUUUGCCAAGAGAGUACCCGGAUCAUAAAGUGGGUGUUAAAACUUUGGGACCUAAAGACAUUUCCUAUAGCUGCGUCCUAGUGUGGAGAGAACCAAUCUUAUAGCAUGCACAGUGCACUUUAUUUAUUUGCCAGGAGAGUUAAUCACAUACUGAAUAUAAUGGAAACAGAAGCCAGCUGAUGAGAGACAAAACUUCUCUGCUGUAAAUCCUGUAAUCUUCUUGUUACCUUAGUAAACAUGCGAAACCAGAAGCUAGAAUUCAA